AUGGAUGGUAAUGAUAAUAUUGUCAUUCUACAUGACAAUCAAAUUCGUUCAUUCAAAGAUGCUAAAAAUAUCUAUGAUGUUGAGCUUAUUUCGCCUGCUAGAGCUAUCACUGCUACAGAUGAUCAGAUCAUUGUGUUACUUCGAGAUAAACUGCAACUAAUUGUACUUUCAACUAGUCUAGAAGUGAUCAAGCAGAUACAGAUAGCAGACGGUAUACAGAAUACCUGUAAUUUUGUUGCCGCAUAUAAUGAUUCAUAUUAUAUCAGUUGUGAUAGUUAUAUUUUGCAAAUUUCAAAGGACGGUGUAAAGAAGAAAAGAAUUGGGAAAAAGAAUGGCAGUUAUUCACUGGGGAUCACCUUUGACGAUAAAUCCAGGCUGAUUGUCGUUGUAAGGGGCAGGCCAAAACUACGAGUUUUUCAGAAUGGCGUAGAGUUUCAAGAGUUAUUCUAUGGUGAAGCAACAUCAAUUUGGUCUGAAGUAUUGUAUGAACGAGGCAGACUACAUGUUAUUGACUACUUAUCCAACACGCUUAACACCUUCCAGUAUCCAGUGGAUCUCCUAUAG